CUAGAUUGUUGCUAUGGAUACCCGGUCCCCCUCCCUCACCAGUAAACCCGCCCUUGUCUACAUCAGCUUCGAGGAUAACGAGGUCCUCCCUCAGAACAUCACGGAGGCACACUCCAGGGUCAAGCGUCGAGUAACACGUGCUGUGCGUCCCACGAAGCGCAAUGAUUUCACCGAAGCGGACGGAGAACCAGAGGGAAAAAUAGUGUUCUCUCUAGAGAAAGAGAGCGAACAUGAAACCUUCAAGAUACGAGAUGAGAACCCCUGGGUAACGGUUGAACCGAACGGUGCCGUGCGGGUAAAGAAGAAGUGGGAUUAUGAGGAGUUAGGUCGGGAGAAGACGAUUGAUUUCUGGGUUAUUAUCACUAACUCCGGCAGCGGAGGGUGGCGAGGAUUGCAGUACACUGACAAUCAGAGAGUAAUCAUCAAAGUUAGAGAUGUUAACGACGAACCGCCCAUUAUUAUUAUUAUUAUUAAUUUUAAAGAGGAGGAUCAGUCCACGCUUCAUAUUAUAAAUGUGAACGUGAAGGAUCCUAACAGCCUGCUCAGGUUCACUAGAUCACAUGCAGUUCUCUCCGUAUCCGAGAACCAACCUCCUCACACCGAGGUUGGAGAACUCAAGGUCCUCGGAGACCACAACCACAACCUAGAGAUUAAAAUUCAUCCUGUCAAGAUUAGACGACAGAUCUCAGCUGCUCUGGUGUACGGAGAAAACUCAACCCUGAUCUCAAUCUCAACCCUUGAAUCUCUAGAUCAUGAAUCUGAUCCUGAACUCAAGUUCAGAAUUCUUCUCACUAAUCCUGAAUCUCAUGAGAGAGCUGUUAUCAACGUUAAUCUUUUUGUUAAAAAUAUAAACGAUAAUGCUCCAGUGUUCAAACAGAAAAUCUACAGUUUAACCGCUCCGCUGUCGAUCCGGCGGUUUGAAUCUGUCGGCCAGGUGUCGGCGAUUGACCCUGACGGCGAUAAAGCUGUAGUAAAGCUGAAUGCUCCACCGAAUACUCCAGUAUUUACCCUCCAAGCCAAGGACCCGGAUUCGGAUCCAAACCUCCAUUAUUUCCUGGUCAGAGAUAGAACUGGAGGAAGGUUUGAGGUUGAUGAAAGAUCCGGAGUUGUUAGAACCAGGGGAGCUGAAGCUUUCCAACUAGACAUGGAAUACGUUCUCUACGUCAAGGCUGAGGAUCAGAAUGGUAAAAACGGGCGAACCUACCAAUCUACUCCAGAGGAACGUUUAUCUAUUGUCGGAGGAAAACGUCCUCCUCAGUUCUACAUGCCGUCCUACGAAGCGGAAAUACCUGAAAGUCAAAAGAAGGACUCUGACAUCAUUUCGGUGAAAGCAAAGUCCUUUGCUGACCGGGAGAUUAGAUACACUCUGAAGGCCCAAGGACAGGGAGCUGGAACAUUUAACAUUGGACCAUCCUCCGGGAUUGUUAAGCUAGCCAAGGAAUUAGAUUUCGAGGAUCUCCGUCAGCCUCACAUCUACCAACUUCUUGUCACUGCAACAGAGGAUUCUGGAGGAUUUUCAACCUCGGUUGAGUUAACCAUAAAAGUGUCUGAUGUGAAUGAUAAUGCUCCAAAGUUUGAACUUCCUGACUACCAAGCGCAUAACAUUGAUGAAGAUAUUGCAAUAGGAACUUCUAUUAUGAAGGUCAAAGCUUCUGAUGCAGAUUCUGGAAGUAACGCUGACAUUGCCUACUCUGUGUCUGAUGAUCAUUUUGCAGUAGACUCCAACGGUGUUAUUUCUAACAACAGAAGGCUGGAUGCUGAUAGUAACAAUGCCUACUAUGAGUUCCAGGUUACUGCUAAGGAUAAAGGAGAACCGGCUAGAACAGGAACUGCUACUGUCCGUGUGUACACGGAGAAUAAGAACGACGAGGAACCAAGGUUCUCCCAGCAGGUUUACACACCUAAUGUGGAUGAGAAUGCAGGUCCGAAUACCCUUGUCACAACUGUCGUUGCAAGUGACAAGGACGGAGACGGAGUCACUUUCGGAUUUGUCGGAGGAUCCCAAACCUCGGGACUAUUUAAGAUUGAACCAAACACUGGUGUGAUCCGUCUUAACUCUGGAAAUAUCAACCUUGAUCGUGACAAAUAUGAACUAAAUGUUACAGCUAUGGACGAUGGAAAAUGCUGUAUGGAGUCGGGAGAUUCCAAAAAUCCUCAAAAGGUUCAUACCUCCACCGCUGUUGUUGUUGUUUUUAUCACGGAUGUGAAUGACAAUAAACCGAUCUUUGAGGACUGCAGUUCUUACACUCCGAAGAUAGAAGAAGGAGCUCCUAACGGCAGCCCUGUAAUUAAAGUAAAUGCUGUGGAUAAGGACAAGGGAGUGAAUGGUCAGGUCAAAUAUUCAAUUGUUCAGCAGCCCCAUCAGAAAGGAACCAAAUUUACGGUAGACGAGGAAACUGGAGAACUGUUUACAAACAAAGUAUUCGAUCGAGAAGGCGACGAUGGAAAGAGUGUGUCUGUUACAGUCAAAGCUAUCGACUCUGGAGAGCCUUCGCUUGAAGGUGUUUGCUCCUUUACAGUGGAGAUUACGGAUGUUAACGACAACCCUCCACUCUUUGAUCGGCAAAAGUACAUCGAGAACGUGAAGCAGGACACGAACAUCGGGACCAACAUUCUUCGUGUCUCCGCCAGCGACGAGGAUGCGGACAAUAAUGGUGCGAUCAGAUAUAGCUUGGCAGCGCCUUUCCAGCGGGAUGAUCUCAACUACUUUGAUAUUCAACCUGAAUCUGGUUGGAUUUUCCUAAAGAAACCUUUAGACCGCGAGAGUUAUCGACUGGAGGCCAUAGCAGAGGAUCGUGGAGAUACCGUUCUCUCUCGAACAGUUGAGGUUCAGAUAGAUGUUGUGGAUCGGUCCAACAAGCCGCCGGUGUGGGACCGGCCCGUCUACGGUCCAAUCUAUGUGAAGGAGAACACGGCCAUCGGGCAAACUGUUACUUCUGUAAAAGCGAGCUCCGGUAUCGAGGAUAAUCCGACGAUCUUCUAUCAAUUGAUCCGAGGAUCCACCGAUCAAACAAAUAAAUACGAUACGUUCUAUCUUCAACAAAGAACGGAGAAUGGUUGGACUUACGCUGAUGUGAAGGUUAAUCAACCCCUGGACUAUGAAAGAAUUAAGGAAUACAAUCUCACUAUUAGAGUUGAGAAUAACGGAGCGCAGCAGCUGGCCAGUGAAGCAACCAUCUUUAUAGUUCUUGAGGUAAAUACAAAAUCUAUUUAUGAAAGGGAAUUUUAAGUUAUUUAUAGAAAAAUAGAAUCAAUCGGUCAAGGGGUUUCUGAGGUAAACGCUAUUGAUAAGGAUGGAACCUUCCCUAAUAACCAAGUUUACUACUACAUCGUCGACAGUGUAAGGAACGAGGGGAAGGACUUCUUCGAGAUCAACUCUCAGACCGGGGAGGUCUUCACCAAAGCAGUUUUUGACAGGGAGACGAAAGGUGCUUAUGCUCUGGAAGUGGAGGCAAGGGAUGGAGCCCCAUCUGCUCGACCUAACAGUGGCGGUCAACCUAACUCAGUGUCUAAGUUUAUCCGUAUUGGUAUAGCAGAUAAGAACGAUAAUCCUCCAUACUUCGAUAAGGGACUUUACGAAGCAGAGGUAAGGGUCUUGUUUAUCUGCUUAUCUAACGUUAUAUUCAUCUGGCGACGUACUGUACAGAAUAUGGUCAAGAACCGGGCUACCAUAGGAUCGGGAAUAAACAAAUUUUGGAGGCAUUAUUAUCUUUAUCUGUCGACAUUGAUCGUAAUUCUUGACUUAAUAUUAGUUUCGAAAUUAUUUUAUUUGUUAAUUUUUAUCUUUUUAUUAAUUUCAGCUUCAAGAAUUCGUUACGAGAUAACACGUGGUAAUUUUGGUGGUGCAUUCGCAGUGAAGAAUAUGACCGGCGCGAUAUAUGUAGCUGGGCCUCUCGACUACGAACAGCGGAAGAGGUAUGAACUACGUCUGGUUGCUUCAGACAACUUGAAUGAAAACUACACAACGGUCGUUAUUCACGUCAACGACGUUAACGACAACCCCCCAGUUUUCGACCGUCCGACCUAUGAGACCCAGAUAACUGAAGAGGAUGAUAGAAAUCUACCAAAACGAGUUUUAGAGGUUAAAGCAUCGGAUGGAGACAAGGAUAGACCUGAGAGUAUUGUUUAUUUCCUGACUGGUCAAGGGAUAGACCCGGAGAGACCAGAUCAUUCAAAGUUUGAUAUCAACAGAACAUCAGGAGAGAUUUACGUUCUAAAGCCUUUGGAUCGAGAUGAGCCGAACGGUCGUCCUCAAUGGCGGUUUACAGUAUUCGCUCAGGACGAGGGCGGACAAGGCCUAGUCGGCUAUGCAGAUGUGCAGGUCAACCUGAAGGACAUCAACGACAACGCCCCUUUGUUCCCCCAGGGCGUGUACUACGGCAAUGUGACAGAGAAUGGUACGGCUGGUAUGAUGGUGAUGACAAUGACUGCUACUGAUUAUGAUGAUCUGGAGGAAGGAACCAACGCCAAGCUUAAAUAUUCUAUUGAAAAGAAUGUUAUUGAUGAGAAUACUGGAACUCCAAUAUUUGAGAUUGAGGAAGAGACUGGUGUGAUAAAGACUGCAGUAUGUUGCCUAGACCGAGAAAAGACUCCAGAUUAUUCUAUCCAAGUGGUUGCUAUGGAUGGUGGUGGAUUGAAGGGAACUGGAACAGCAUCUAUCCGUGUUAAAGAUAUCAACGACAUGCCACCCAGCUUUACUAAACAAGAAUGGGUGACUGAGGUUGAUGAGACCGACGGAACCUUGCUCCCUGAUGCUCCAAUUCUUACAGUUACAGUUCAUGAUGAGGACGAAAGUAAUAAAUUCCAUUACAAGGUGAUAGAGUCCUCAGGGUUCGGAGCAGAUAAGUUUACCAUGGUUAGGAACAAUGAUGGGACGGGAUCUCUCAAGGUUGUACAACAGCUUGACUACGAGGAUCAGCUGCAAAGACAAGGAUUCAGGUUCAGGAUACAGGUUAACGACAAGGGGGAGGAUAACGACAACGACAAGUAUCACGUCGCCUACUCCUGGGUUGUUGUCAAGCUCAGAGAUAUCAACGACAACAAACCCAUAUUCCAAAGAUCAAAUAUUGAAGCAAAUGUUACAGAGAACGCUAAGGUCGGAAAGGCUCUGGAAAGGUUCCGAGCUACAGAUCCUGACCGCGGAGGGAACAGCAAGGUCAGGUAUGCCAUUGACCGGGCAUCUGACCGCCGUAGACAGUUUGCCAUCAGCGAGGAUGGCACAGUAACAAUACAACGUGAACUAGACAGAGAAAGUGUACCUACCCAUCAGGUUAAAAUUCUUGCCAUUGAUGAUGGAGAUCCACCCAAGACUGCCACCGCUACUCUAACCGUUACCGUUGACGAUAUUAACGACAAUGCCCCAAGGUUUUUGAAGGAUUACCGACCUGUUCUACCUGAGCACAGUGCUCCCAGGAAGAUAGUCGAAGUGCUGGCAACUGAUGAUGAUGAUAGGUCCAGGGGGAAUGGUCCAUCCUUUGUAUUCCGAAUGGAUCCUAAUGCUGCAGAUGUGAUUCGAGCUGCGUUUAUUGUUGAACAUGAUCCAAAGGGUGCUAACGGUGACGGUAUGGCUGUUGUAACCUCUCUCCGAUCCUUUGACCGUGAGAAGCAGAAGGAAUAUUUGAUCCCUAUCGUGAUCAAGGACUCAGGGAACCCCAGCAUGUCUGGCACCAGUACCCUUACUGUCAUCAUCGGAGAUACCAACGAUAAUAAGAUGCAGCCGGGACAAAAAGAUAUCAUGGUUUACAACUAUAUGGGACAAUCCCCAAGCACAGAGAUUGGACGAGUGUAUGUACUAGAUAAGGACGACUGGGAUAUUGCUGACAAGACGUUCAAAUGGUUGAAGGACGAAGCGCAUCCCUACUUCUCCUUGAACCGUGAUACAGGGAUGAUCACUAUGAAGCAUGGUGUGAAGGAGGGAAGAUAUUCUCUCAAGUUCCGGGUUCAGGAUCGGAAACACACCCAGGUGGAUGUACCCGCUAAUGUAACAGUUCUUGUCAAGGAGAUUCCUCAUGAGGCUGUUAUAAACUCAGGAUCAAUGCGCGUCGUUGGAAUCUCUGACGAGGAUUUUAUCCGAACCUGGAACUGGGACACUGAGCGUCAGGAGAUCAGCAGAGCGGAGAGGUUUAAAGAGAAACUCUCUCAGAUCAUGAAUGUCAAGGUAGAAAAUGUUGAUGUGUUCAGUGUAAUGAAUCAUGCUAAGCAGGAGAAGACGACUGAUGUCAGGUUUUCUGUUCAUGGUUCUCCGUACUUUAAACCUGUCAAACUAAACGGACUCCUGCUUCAGCACAGAGAAGAUUUUGAAAGAGAACUGAAGAUCAAUAUAACCAUGGUUGGGAUUGACGAGUGUUUGUAUGAGAACCAGAACUGUGAAGGCAGUUGUUCCAAUUCUCUAGAAAUAUCGUCUUUACCCUAUAUGGUAAAUGCUAACCGAACAGCUCUGGUGGGUGUUAGAGUUUUAGUUGAAGCUGAAUGUUCUUGUGGAGCAAGAAAUUUUGACAAACCUGAAACUUGUCGAAACGUUCAUUGUUACAACGGAGGCCGUUGUCUGGAGGGUAGAUGGGGAGUUAGAUGUCAAUGCCCUCGAGGUUUUGACGGUCCCAGAUGUCAACAAACUACGAGAACCUUUAACGGAAAAGGCUGGGCAUGGUAUCCCCCUCUGGAACUCUGUGAGGAAAGCCAUCUUUCUGUAGAGUUUCUUGCUAAGAAACCUGAAGGAGUGAUCUUGUACAACGGACCUAUAGUUCCACCGGAGGAAGAGGAAUUACUCAUCUCAGAUUUUAUCUCUAUUGAACUCGCGAGAGGUCAGCCAAGACUUCUCCUGGAUUUUGGAUCUGGAACUCUGGAGCUGAGAGUUCCAGUGAAGAACUCCCUGGAUGACGGAGACUGGCAUAGGAUUGAUGUCUUCUGGGACAGAGAGACGGUUCGAAUGGUUGUUGAUUUCUGUACCUCUGCCACAGUAGUAGAGCAUGAAGAUGGAUCACCUAUUGAGUUUGAUGAUUCCAGCUGCCAGGUUACUGGACAAAUACCUCCAUUUAAUGAGUAUCUAAACGUAAAUACUCCACUGCAGAUCGGAGGCAUGGCUGUUGAACAGUUUGAUCCGGUUCAGUAUAAAUGGAGCCAUACCCCGGCUGGGAAACCGUUUGACGGUUGUAUCCGGAAUGUAAUCCAUAAUUCUAAACUCUACGAUCUGGCUGAACCGGGAUUAUCCCGUAACUCUAUCCCGGGUUGUCGACCCACUGAAGAGGUUUGCAACACUAACAACAGUCCAGGUUCAAGGUGUGGAGAUCAUGGUCGUUGUGUCGGAUCUCUCCGUUCUCCUCGAUGUGAAUGUAACCCAGGAUGGACUGGACCUGAUUGUAAACUGGAAACCAUGCCUAGUACAUUCAACAGUCAGAGCUAUGUUAAAUACGCCCUGAGUUUUGAACCUGACAGGUUUACUACGGAGAUACAGCUAAGGUUUAGAACCAGAGAGGAGCAGGGAGAACUCUUCCGGGUUUCAGAUCAGCAUAAUAGAGAAUAUGGUAUACUAGAGAUACAGCAGAGCAAGCUCAAGUUCAGAUAUAAUCUUAACUCAUUGAGAACAGAAGAAAAAGAGAUAUGGUUAAGCGCUGUCUAUGUUGACGAUGGGCAAUGGCAUAUUGCGAAGGUAACCCGAUACGGUUCCGCCGCGAUUCUAACCCUUGAUGGCGGAGAGGGGCGGAGAUACAAUGAUUCCUUCCUAUUCAUCGGACACCAAAUGAUGGCCGUGGAUAAACAAGAAGGGGUUUAUGCUGGCGGAAAGGCGGAAUACACCGGAGUCAGAACAUUUGAAGUUUACUCCGAUUUCUCUAAAGGAUGUAUGGAUGAUAUUAGAUUAGAAAGAAAACCUCUUCCUCUUCCACCUCAGCUAAAUGGAACUCAGUGGGGUCAGGCAACCAUGGCUAGAAACCUGCAGAAGAAUUGUCCGUCUAACAACCCCUGCGCCAAUGUUAUCUGUCCAAAUCCGUUUGUAUGUGUAGAUCUAUGGAUGGAGUAUGAGUGCUCGUGUCCACGAGGGCAGAGGGUGACCCCUGAUGGUAAGGGCUGUGAGGAUAGGAACGAAUGCCUGGAUAACCCUUGUCUUAACGGAGGUUCAUGUUCUAACCGUGAUACUAACGAGAGAUAUAAAUGCUUGUGUACAGCUGGAUAUUCCGGAGCUAAUUGUGAACUCAUGCAAGAGGAACAGAUCCUACGGCUUAGUAUGGGUGCACUGGCAGCCAUAUUGGUCUGCUUAUUAAUCAUUCUAAGUAAGCUGCAACUAACCAACUUCGUUUGCCCCGUAGGGCAGAGAAGGCUAGGAGCUACUCAAUGUAUUGAUGAGAAUGAAUGUGAAGACCCAGGAAUCUGUCAAAAUGGCGGAACUUGCAUAAACUUGAGCGAUUUCCGUCAUUUCCGGUGUAUAUGUCCCAACAUGUGGAGUGGAAUGCACUGCGAGGAGCUAGCGGCCCCUGCCGUCGUACUUGCAGGAGGGAAAGAUUUCAUCAUUGUUUUUGUUUUUUGCGUACUUUCUCUUUUAAUCCUGGUUCUUGUGUUUGUUGUUUACAACCGGCGGCGUGAGGCGCAGAUAAAGUACCCUGGACCAGACGACGACAUCCGGGAGAACAUAAUCAACUACGAGGACGAGGGAGGCGGCGAGGAUGAUAUGACCGCCUUCGACAUCACACCCUUGCAGAUACCCAUAGCAGAUCCGGCAUUAGCCCGACAUAGUUUACAGAGACAGAAAAUACAAUACCCUGGUCCUAUGCUGGGACCAGACUCAAACGUCGAGACCUUUAUUGAAGAUCAUAAACGGCGGUCAGACCUUGACCCAUGCGCCCCGCCGUUUGAUGAUCUUAGAAAUUACGCAUACGAGGGAGGCGGUAGCACGGCGGGAAGUCUUUCGUCCCUCGGCUCGGAGACAGAUAAUGGACAUAUAGGUCCAUUCUAGACCCGUGGAACAAUAGACAGCAUUCUUCUUCUUUUACCAAAGUUGAUUAAGAGACAGGAAACUAAGAAAGGAGUUCUUCUAGUUCCUAGCUCCAGGUUUCACGAAUAUUGGAACCCUGUUCCUGUCUCUACAUUCCUGAUUCCAGGUUGCAUUUAGCAAGUUCCUGGAUCCAAGUUCCAAGUAGCCAAUUUACAACAUGGACACUUGAUCUAACAUCUAUCUUAUUAGAUCACCGCGUCCGAAUUUUAUACCUUACAUUCCUUUUGUAAAAUUCUACUGUUAUAGCAGCGUAGAAAACAUUUGUAUCUGCACUCCCCGUUAUAUUUAAUCCAGGCCGCAGUCAUAACUGUUAUAGUUUCUCUAAAUCAACGUUUGGCAACUGUCUUAACUGUUUUUUAGUUUUCUAGAUAAACAAGACGCAACCUCAACUGUUCUGUUCUAAAUAAAAAAUAAUUGUUGCAAUAAAAACAGUUAAAAAGU